AUGGCAUUCUUCCCAGGAGCAGCAAAAGAUCAGAUGCGUGCUGAUCAAUUAGUGAAACGACGUCAACAAGAACAUGAACAAAUGGAAAUAAAGAAGAAAAAAAUUGAAGAAGAAAAUCGUAUGCAAGCUAUUGAAGAAAAAUUUAAAUCACAUUAUGAUGCUGUUGAACAAAUGCUUAAAACUGAUACAGUUGGUUUAGUUUCAUUAGAUGAAAUGAAAAAAAAACAAGAAGAAAUUAUUCUUGCACGUGAACAACAAUUAGCUCGAGAAAAAGAAGCUAAACUUAGUGAAUCAAUGAGAAAUAAAUUAAAUAAUCGAAAAGAUACUGGUGCACAUCAACGACCCAAUAAAUUAUCAUUUGCUGAUGAAUGGGAUGAGGAAGAAGAAGAACAUGACAAUGAACCAGUUAUAAAAAAACAACCGGUGAAAAUUGAAGAAAAUAUAGCUACGGAUGAUAAUUCAUUAUCUGAAGAUGUACCAAAAAAUGAAGAUGUUGAUAGUAAUGAUAGUGUACCAGAAGCAGAACUAACAUCUGCUGAGCUUGAUCGACUUGUUGCUGCGAGUAAAAAGAAACGUCUUGGUAAAAAUCCAGAUGUUGAUACAAGUUUUUUACCAGAUAAAGAUCGUGAAGAAGAAGAACGAAUAUUACGUGAAAAACUUCGUCAAGAAUGGGUUGAAAAACAACAAAAAUUAAAAAAUGAAGAAGUUGAUCUUGUAUUUAGUUAUUGGGAUGGUUCAGGACAUCGUCGUUCAAUGCGAAUAAAAAAACGUAUGACAAUACAAAUGUUUCUUUCUAAAGCACUUGAAAUACUUCGUCGAGAAAAUAUGUUUAAUGAAUUAAAAUCAGCAUCUGUUGAUCAACUUAUAUUUGUUAAAGAUGAUGUUAUUCUUCCACAUCAUUAUUCAUUCUAUGAUUUUAUUGUUACACGUGCUCGUGGUCGUACUGCAGUUUUAUUUACAUUUACAGAAUCACUUAAAUUAAAUACAAUUAUUGAAGUACCAGCAACAGCUACGACAACAACUGAAUUAAAUCCAACAGAUUUAACAACAGCAUCAUCACCAUCUGGUGAAACUCAAACAACAGGAGGACCAAAUUCUCAUGCAGGAAAAAUAUGUUUACGUUCAUGGUAUGAACGAAAUAAACAUAUCUUUCCUGCAUGUCGUUGGGAACCAUUUGAUCCAGAAAAACGUUGGACUGCUCAUGAACCACCAAAAAAUCGUUUUUGUGUUAAAUAA